UUCCCGCCAGCGUAGCAAUGCCUGCGCGCAAGCGGACGAAUUCAUUGAAUUCCGGUGAACUCGUCAUAUGUUUUCCAUCAUCGCGCGACAGCUCGCAGCUGUCAAAUUCCGUGAAUUACCAAUGAUGAUUGUAUGAUUCCACCGAGAUAUAUUUCUCGUUCAACAUCUUCCACUCCGAAGAUCACCUUGAUGCAUAUUUAUCCUCGUCAUCGCAACGUAACCUAUUUCACAUUUCGCAAAAUUUCGGACUCUUGACUUUAUCGUCAACUUCGUGAAACUCUGCCAAGAGAUCGUCCUAGAUGCCACGUGAAGUUUGCGAUGCGCAAACAUUUCACGAUUCAACGGUGCUGAGACAGCGAAAAAGUUAAGUUGCUAAAAUAUAUACCGUCAGAUUUGUAAAUAUUGCGAAACUGAUUAAGCGCGAGCUGUGAAGAAUUUUGAUAAACUGGGCGAAUAUAUCGCGACGAGUGUAGGAAACUGGCGGAUAACGUCUUUUCGGAGGUAACAUCGAGCUGUAUGGUAAGGAUGAACAGAAAAACCAACAGUGCAACGGCUAGAUUGAAACAGGAUUAUUUGCGACUCAAAAAGGAUCCAGUACCGUACGUCCUUGCAGAACCCGUGCCUUCGAAUAUAUUAGAGUGGCACUAUGUGGUUGUAGGACCAGAAAAAACUCCAUACGAAGGUGGAUUCUAUCACGGAAAGCUUAUAUUUCCAGGCGAGUUUCCAUUCCAACCACCUAGUAUUUAUAUGACUACUCCAAAUGGUCGAUUUAAAGUCAAUACAAGAUUAUGUCUAUCAAUUUCUGACUUCCAUCCCGAUACGUGGAAUCCAGCAUGGAGUGUAUCUACUAUCCUUACAGGCUUGCUUAGUUUUAUGAUUGAGAAAAGUCCCACACUUGGUAGCAUUAAUACAACAGAUUAUGAAAAGAGGCAGCUAGCUGCGCAGAGUUUAGAAUAUAAUCUAAGGGACAAGAUGUUUUGUGAGCUUUUUCCAGAAACUGUUGAGGCGAUUAAAACUGAACUAGAACGUCGAAGAGAGCUCGAGAAACAAGCGAGGCAUCAAUCCACUGCAUCCGAGGUCUCUUCCUUGAUACGAGAUCAAUUACAGAGAGAGCAGAGUCCAUUACAUAGCGCACUGGCCAAUCUCGUCGUUAUCAUCGGUUUUGCAGCAUUUGCAUACACAGUGAAAUAUGUGCUAAGGAGCAUAGCUAUGGAAUAAAUCAGAAUUUAAAUUUCAAGUCACAACGAGCACAAAAUGAGAGCCAUGAUAAGCGUACAUUUUAAAAUGUGACAAACAUAAGAAGAAGAUAUUAGGCUCCCAUAUUUGCCUGAUAAUCUACCUUUUGAACCUGUGCAUUGGAUUUUGCACGGUUUGGAAAACUUUUGCCAGUGAAACCUCUGAAUAGUUUGAUAGAUUUUUAUAUCAAAGUUGAUUGUAAGAUAUAAACUGUAUUAUAACCGCGAAUUCUAUUUGGCUAUUCAUCAAUGAGGUAAUUUGUAAUUUCUCUUAAUUUAAUUGAGAGAAAUGUAUAACAAAGAUGACACAAUUUAAUCAUAAUGGCUUCCCACCUUUUUUAUAUCAGAUUUGCACUCUUCUAGCAAUAUAAUUAGAGGAACUAAAUUUCUUUGCUGCAAUAUCCUUGCUUUCAUUGAAUUUUCUACAUUUUCAAGAUUAAUUAGAGUCAAAGUAUAUCCAGAGAGAGAUAUGCAUUUUAUGCAAUACAUCUGCCUAGCCCUAUUACAGAGAAUCUCGUGGAUAGAAAUGCACAAAUUUAUUGCACUCUACAAUGUGCCAAUAAGAGUAAGUUUAAAAAUGUAAUUAAAUUAGAUUAUGCUUGUAACUUGACUUAUUCCAUUGGUUAAAAACAAGUCUAUUUUGUAAAUAGAUAUUAUAAGAACAAAAAACCGCGUCAUAGAAAUAGUUUCAAUACUAAUAGCAAAUUCGAAUGUACAUAUUAGUGCACAUUGCUGCAUAUUAAAGAUUAUCGUAUAUACAUUUACAAUAGUA